UGGAAACACCUCUACCGCCCAGUAGAACUUUCCCGUAGAACUUUCCCGCCUCCAGCGCCCACUCGUCUCCCUGAUAGAAACCUUGCUUCAGAUUUCGUCUCCCAUCAGAUUUGACGCAUUCCUACCGAGGCUUGAUCAGGCGUGGCCACUGGCCAAUUAGAAUUAGUGGGGCGCCGACCCAGCUGGCGCGGCGCAGAUUUACAGCAUUCUCGGUCGGUCUACAGCAUUCUCGGUCGGUCUACUGUAGCGUCACCUGAGCAGCAGUGCGCGGCGAGGCGAUACGAUAUGGUCUAUUUGUAGGGACGACAGCAGCCGAGUUACGUGAAAGGAGUAGAGCAGAGCCGACCGCCCCGAAUUCGCGAUUACUAGGCGAGUCGAGGGGACCAGAAGCGGACAAGACGACUGCCCAUUAUGUCUCCAACUUGCGGGCAAGAUUAUGAGAAGGUUACGUGACCCGACCUUAGUCGUCGCGCGACGAACAGGGCCAACUAGGCACCAACCGACGCGACAGGUUUAAGACCUCUCAACUCGACGCCGCCCGGCGAUUUUUCCCGCCGCUGGGGGAGAGAGCCGAGGGACAGAGCGAAGGGGGUUAAUACCACCUCCCUCAACUGUAGCCUGUGACCCGAGCUCCCCAUUCAUUUCAGCAUCCUUAAAGAGACUCACCCUCUUGAGUGAGUCACUAACCGCUCCUCUCCGCGUUUCUAUGUUCGAUGCCCGGCGCGCUGGCCAGUGCGCUUCCCUCUUACCCUUCAUCCCUCGAACGGGGCUGAGGCACAUUCUCUCGCCUUGAAGAAUUGCCUAUGCUCAUUUUGCCUGAGUGAGAGACAAGCGCACGUUUCGGCAGCAAGCAGCACCCUUUGUACGCUCAACUACCUUAGCCCGUUGAUUGUGUGUUUGUCCUUAGUACCCUUGGUACCCUUGGGCGUUAAUUUAGCCGUUUCUCGUGAGCUGCCUUCGUAUCUAGGGGGCGUGACUUGCACGGCCGAGAAUAUUUUGCGACAUUUCUCGAUGUAUCCGGAUGGUGCGCCCGACGAUUCUCGACAGCUGUGCUAGCGAUUCCUAAAACGACUCAAGGAGAAGUAGCCACGAGGUCCGCUCAAUCCUAAGCUAUUGUGGCACGUGUAGUCGCCGUGCUUGCCAGGGCGUUCAACUAGUCCCAGAGGUACUGCCUCCAUUAUCGUACUUCAACUGCGUUACAGUCACAUAGUUCAAUCGAGUAGCAUCGAUAUCAUGGCCAGGAAGCUGACGGCUCAGAGCUUCUCAUGGGUGAAUCUCGGCUCAACGGCAUUGGCGCUCUCGAUAAUAGCCGCCUCGGUACUAGUCCAAUGUCCCAUGCCCACGUGCAAGACACCCCCUACGAUGACAUCCCUAUAUGACGCCGGAGCAGCUAGAUCGCGAUAUAAGCCCUGAAGAGCGUCUACAGAUCGAAGUGACCACUCGGGCCGCCAUCAACAGUGCGCGGAUCGGGAGCCUUCGCGACUCGGGCGGCGGCGUGAUCGCGAACCGCCACGUGUCGUACAACGAGAGGUGGCUGACGCAAGCUCCGGACGAUCGAAUCGUCUCUCUACACGGCUUUAAAGCGGACGAAGAAGAAGACAAACUGCAGCCAGCUACUAGCGAAAUCCGUCUUCCAGGUGCACAAGCUCGGCCGUUGAUCGCGGAAGGCGAGCUCAAUCGUGCGGCCAGGAAGCUCGAUUACGCGACCGAGGGCCUUGGCGCGUGUCUGACGUCACCCAGCAUCCGCGCUAGUAGCAGCAGCGUUAGGCAGCUCACCCGCGAUGCCAUGCAAAAAGCGACGGAGAUUAUCCUGCAAAUGCGGAACAAAGCCGACGGCGGCAAUGGCGGCGGUGGCGGUGGCGGCGGCGGGCAGGGGCGCACGCCAACGGGCCUAUCGCCUGGGAGUGGCGAAAACGCGCCGCCGGGGAGGUCGACGGGGAUAUUGGGAUCGCCGAUUCAGCCGCUCGCGAUCGACUACUGCGAAACGUUUGCGAAAGUGGCGGGUAACACUGCGACGAUUACGGUGGAUACCAGCACGGGCUGCCGUGGGAGCCGCGUGAGGUCGACGGUUCAAUACCCGUCUGGCAUCUUCAGCGCGCAGAUCAGAUGCCCUGCUGGUGACAUGAGCGGCCUCGUGCAGUCCUUUUAUUUAUCCUCGUUAGAGGCAAUAAGGAUCAAGACGAGAUAGAUUUCGAGUUUCUGGGGAGAAAUAAAACGAGUGUACAGACCAACUACUACGGUGAACGGCGUGGGGGGGCACGAGGCACUCGUCCCGCUCGGAUUCGAUUGCUCCUCGGGGUUCCACGAAUAUGUCAUUUACUGGAAUGAUCAGCAAAUAGUGUGGCAGAUAGACGGACAGGUGAAAAGAGUGGUGCAGAGGAGCAAGCUGGGCGGAGGCCCCUACCCCACCAAGCCAGUGUUCAUGUACUCGUCUGUUUGGGGACGCCUCGCCUGUGCUCGGUGGUGACUGGGCUGGCACCUUUAACGGCAAAGAUGUGCCUUAUAACGCGCAAUACAGGAGCUUCCUUGUUACAUCCCCAGCGCCGUAACAAUUGCAAUGCAACAACUGCUCCAGGCAUGUGACGGCUACAGCCAUGUAACACUGCCGACCAUCUAACAGCUUCCAGCCAUGUAACACCUCCAACCAUCUAACAUCUCUGACCAAGAAUCCGGCGCCACAACAAAGCAUGUAACUGACAGUGAUAAUCCCGAUGGUGCUGUUUCUUUGGCUCCUCUAAAACCACGUCACUGGUGCGGCCACAUAGCAUGUUAUCGACAGUGCUGCUGAUACCGAUGGUGCUGGCGUCAAGAGAUCGAGCCCCAGUCGCAAUAGCCCAUCCGUUGACUUAACCUUGACUAAACGUUGACUCAAUGCCACCAGCAGCCGCGCUAACUGAUAGCUUGUCGUUUCAACCGUUGGUCUGACUGAUAAGCCCUCAGCUGGUCUGUGUUGAGGGUUGGCGUGUGUAAGCGCAGCAUUGGAGAAUAAAAUCACAGGCAGCAGAGAGUGUAAUGCCUCAGAAUAACGCAAUUGAGUCAGAAUGAGGCAUGCAGGCAGGUUUUGUGCUUGGUGAUGUACUCUCUAUGAGCAUGCACCUUUCUAGCCUAUAACAAUAUAUAAAUAUGUUGACAUAAU